AUGUCAAGAUGGCUGGGACAACCCUCCAUCAAGGGCAGCUCCGAGGCUAUGCGCAUGGCCCUCUUGACCUUUACCACGGUCGGCAUCACGUUCGUCUGGGGCGUUGAGCAGACAUAUUGCACGCCCUACCUACUCUCCCUCGGCUUGACCAAGAGCAGAACCUCCCUAGUUUGGAUCGCGGGCCCCCUCUCCGGGCUCAUCGUACAACCCAUCGUCGGGGCGAUCGCCGACAGCUCGAAAUCAAGAUGGGGGCGGCGAAGGCCUUUUAUCGUUAUAGGGGCAAUAAUAUCGGCGCUGUGUCUCCUGGUUCUGGGGUUCACCAAGGAGAUCGUGGGCUUCUUUGUCUCAGACGAGGAGGCCGCAAAACAUCUCACAGUACUUGCGGCCGUGCUGUCUAUAUAUGCUGUUGAUUUCUCGAUCAACGCAGUUAUGUCCGCGGCAAGGAGUUUGGUAGUUGACACACUGCCCAUCGAGAAGCAACAGACAGGUUCUGCUUGGGGAAGCAGAAUGUCGGCCAUUGGGCAUGGAAUUGCCUACGGAACCGGUGCCAUUGAUCUUCCCUCCAUCUUCGGCACGUUCUUGGGCGAGACCCAGUUCAAACAGCUUACCGUCAUUGCCGCACUGGGGCUUGUCGCAACCUGUGGCGUCACAUGCUGGGCUGUGAACGAGAGAGUUCUCAUCUCUGUGAGACACGACGCGCGAAAAGAAGGUGGAAUGUUGAAAGUGAUCAGUCAGAUUUGGCAUACGAUAGUGCACCUUCCACCUCGCAUCCAUGCAAUAUGCAUGGCUCAGUUCUGGGCAUGGAUCGGGUGGUUUCCCUUCCUCUUCUACAGCACCACCUGGAUUGGCGAGACCUACUUUCGAUACGACGUUCCGCACGAAGCCAAAGAUUCAGGCGAUGCGCUGGGAGAGAUUGGUCGAGUUGGCAGCGAAGCGUUUCUCAUCUACUCUGUCAUCACUUUCCUCGGCUCCUGGGUGCUGCCCAUGGUCAUCAAAUCUCCUGAUGAGAAGAACUAUACUCAACGACCUCCUGAAAGCAUCAAGCAUGUUGUAGAAAGGUUCAGCAAGUACAAGCCUGAUCUGCUGACUGCUUGGAUGUGUGCCCAUGCCACUUUCGCUGCAGCCAUGUUCUUCGCUCCAUUUGCGACUAGUUUCAGGUUUGCGACCCUGCUAGUCUGUAUAUGCGGACUGCCUUGGAACAUCGCAACAUGGGCGCCUCCUGCUUUUCUCGGUGUCGAGGUGAGCAAGCUCAGCGGCGGGAAUGCCUCAUACCGCCGCCUGUCGGACGAUCCGGUGGAGAUGGCGGAUAUGAACGGGUCAGGCCCCUCCCUUCUGCAUCUUGAACACGGCCCCGACGACACGCAGGGGACAAAAUCGAGCUCGACUGGCGAGCUGUCGGGCGUCUAUUUUGGGAUACUGAACAUCUACACGACCAUUCCUCAGUUCAUCGGCACAAUCUUGAGCACCAUCAUCUUCAAUCUCCUCGAGCCGGGCAAGAGUCCCGAACUUGCCCACGACGCACACCCGGACGAGCACCACAGCACCGACGGUCCCAACGCGGUCGCCGUGUGCCUGUUCAUCGGCGCUUGCAGCGCGGUAGUGGCGGUCUUUGCAACGAGGAAGUUGAAGUACCUGUAG